AGUUUUUUUGUGUAAAUACUUGAGCUGCUUGAGCAGCCGAUUCUCUUGCCACUAUCGCGUGAGCGGGCAAGAGGUCAAGUCGUUAUCGUCAGUGCAGUGUGUUGUAAAAACGAGUUUGCUUGAGUUUAGUGUAUGUUGCAGUUGCCGUUGGCGGGAGCCAUGCUGCAAAGAAGGUUAAGUAGGCUGUUGAACCUUGGCCGCCGGUUGUGCAGUGAUGCAAGUGUACCAGAACUCCAAUUACACAAUGCAGUCACAUCAGUUCCGGAGUGGGCCCGAGUACCGCUGGAAGACUUACAUGGGAGGCGGCAUGACUAUGUUAGGAUUUCACUCACAGAGCGCUGUAAUCUGAGAUGUCAAUACUGCAUGCCAGCCGAAGGCGCGCCACUCUCGGCGCGCGACAAGUUACUCACGCGCGACGAGCUAACGCGGACAGUCCGUGUUUUAGCAGCGAUGGGUGUCCGAAAGUUGCGACUAACGGGCGGUGAACCUACGCUGCGAUCUGACCUACAUCUUAUCAUAGAGGAGCUCAACAGCAUCGAAGGCAUAACGAGCGUGUCAAUGACAACCAACGGCCUGGUGCUCACCCGUCGGCUGCCCACAUACGCUCGGGCCGGACUCGCAGCCCUCAAUAUAUCCUUAGACUCACUACAGAGUGAAAGAUAUGAGAAAAUGGCCCGAAGACCGGGCCUUAAGAAAGUGCUGGCUGGUAUAGACUUAGCUCUGCAGUUGGGGUUUCCAGUUAAAAUCAACGUUGUGCUAAUGAAAGGAUUCAAUGACGAUGAAAUUAUGGACUUUGUGGAAUACACAAAAGAUCGCCCCGUUGAAGUCAGGUUCAUCGAAUUCAUGCCUUUCUCUGGUAAUAGUUGGGACGACUCAAAACUAGUUCCGUAUCGGACAGCGCUAAGGACUAUUCUAGAAAGUCAUCCAGAGCUGCAGGGCUGCACUCCGCGACCGAAUGAUACUGCAAGGGUGUGGCAAGUCCCGGGGCACGCGGGCCGCGUGGGCUUCAUCUCCUCCAUGACGCAGCACUUCUGCUCCACGUGCAACAGACUCAGGAUCACCGCUGAUGGAAACCUUAAGGUAUGCCUGUUCGGCAACGCGGAGGUGUCUCUACGCGAUGCAAUCCGAAGCGGCGCUGACGACGAGCAGCUGUCGACGCUUGUACGUGCCGCGCUGAGGAACAAGAAGCCUCAACACGCUGAACUUUUCGCACCGUGCUGCAGUGCGCGUCGAAGCUGAAAUAAAUACAAUAAAACGCACAGGCAAGCAAUGUGUGCAAAAAGAUCCUCACUCGCUAUGACACCUGCACGAGGAACCUUAAUACCUACGCCCUCGAAAAAAAACUAUCUAAGACAUUUUAUAAGUUUUUAUUGAAGCACAAGUUGACAAACAUUUAAGCAUGCAUUUAAUUUAAUGCUUAUUUACCAUAAGAGGGCUUAAAAUUAUAACAUACCUAAUGUAUUUUGAAUAAUUAUGAAAGAAACUAAGUAAGAUAACAAAUGUACCUAAGAUAACGCCCCUGAAAAUGUAAAAUAAAUAUGAUACAUAUAGACAAUAAGAAUUAAACAUACAGCACAAGGUGCCUAACAUUUUUUAAUGUCAAAUUUUAAACUACCCCUAAGCUAAUAUAGUGAUGGAUAUCGUUAAUUUCCUAUAAAUUUACAAAUCUGUGUUAGUAUCGAUAUAACUAUCGUAUAUAUGUAUUUGAAUCGUAAUAAA